UAGGAAUUUUACAUUCUUUUAAAUGUAUUAAAUUAUCGCCAUUCAAUUUUGAAAAGAAACACUGAGGCAACUAGCAAAUAGAACAAGAAAUAAUUUUUUAAAAAAAUAGCCGGGAGACUAUUAGACGAUUACACCUAUACAAAUACGAAAUAUAUUCUAAACCGUAGAAAAUCGUGAAUUUCCGAUUUAUUAUUAAAAUUGAUUUUACAACAACUUGGCCAGAUGGCUGCCAAAGAAAUAGAUAACUGUUGUUCUGUGGUAAUUAGAAUACCUUCAAAAUUACUGCUAAUCUAUAAAUACCGCUUAAAAUUACUUAUCUUCAUCCACAUACUUUACAUAGUAUCAACGUGUUUUCACAAAGUUGUUCACAUUUUUCGUGGUGCUUUUCAAUCACAGUAUAACAAUAUCACACGAUUGAAAAUAACAUUGAAAAUGUUUAGAUUUAGAUCCAGGGUUUAUUGACAACAACAAAAAUAGAUGCACUCUGUUCAAACAAAUGGAGACGUUCCAGUUGGAAAUAACCUUUCUCUUGAAUUCCAAAUUUCAAAAUAUUCUCGCUUGCAUUGAAAUUGAUCAUUUUUAACUGGUUAAUUUGCAUAAGUAAACUUAAUUAAGAAUUAGUAUUAAAGAACAAUGUGUCGGUUCAUUAAAUCUACGUGUAGUUCGUGUGAUGAUGCGUUGACUCAUUUGUUUUUCACUUCAAGUGGUAUGACUUAUAAACAUUUAUUGAAAGUCUUGUGAGUACUCCUCUGUGGAUAGUGAAAAUAAUUGUGAUUUUUUUCCACCCAAGAAAAUAAUUGUGAUUUUUUUUUUUGUUGCACACCCAAGCUGUGACUAAUACACAUACCGAAAAAUGAAAUGAUUAGAUGUCAACAGAUAAGAUGUGAUUAUCUAGGAUAAUCGGUGAAGUUCGUUUGAUUCCGUUUUGAAAGUAUCGUUUCUAGUCAAAAUACCGGCUAAACACAAAAUGACGGCAUUACCAACAUCAUUGCGACGCACGCUGCUCGCUCUAUUGGGCUUCACAGUAACGAUCUUCAUAAUGGUGUUCUAUUGGAAUCAGAAUCCACCACGACCAGCAGCGCUAAUGAAUUCGAUUUUCACGAAAGUUGAUGUGCCAACACCGCUGGAAAAGGCUUGGUCUUACAAAUGCGUUGGUGAUCGCUGCGUUCGGGAGCAUCAUUUAGCUGGCACGAAGCGUAUACCUUUCAUGAGCUGUGCCAUGAUAUGUGGCACUUCAAAUAUAUGGCCCAUGCCCACCGGAAAAGUGUCUCUUAGUAGUCGAUCGUUAACAUUCAAAUCAAAUCAGCUGCAGUUCGAUAUAAAGACAGCAUUCAGUGAAGCCGAACAAAUGUUGAACAGUGCGUACGAUGUGUUCCUGUUCGAUCUGAAAUCACUAGAGGAACAACACACUCGCACCAGCAGCCAAUCUAAUGAUGUAGAAAAAAACAAAAACAAAAACAAAAACAAUCAACAAAUCAAUGGCGAAAAGUCGGCCGAUGAUAAUGGCCAGAAGGCAGAUAGUGCAAAAAUGAAAGUAGAUGAAAAUGCAAAUCAGAGCUGUGAUAUUAAUAAAUUUAUUAUAAAUGCCGAGAUUCAAACGAUGGGAGACGUUUUUUUACAUAUGGAUGUGGAUGAAAGUUACGAACUAAAUGUGACAAAUACCAAUGGAAACAUAAUACAUAUUCAGUUAAAAGCGAAAUCAUUUUUCGGCGCUCGACAUGGUCUAUCAACGUUGCAGCAAUUGAUUUGGUUCGACGACGAAGACAAUCUACUUAGAAUCAUGAGCACCGCGCAUGUUAUCGAUGAACCGAAAUUCAAAUAUCGUGGUUUUAUGCUGGAUACAUCACGAAACUAUUUCUCGGUUGAAACAAUAAAGAGAACUAUUGUUGGCAUGGCACAUGCUAAACUCAAUCGAUUCCACUGGCACAUAACCGAUUCACAAAGUUUUCCGUACAUGUCAAAAGCAUAUCCACAGUUGGCCAAAUACGGAGCAUAUUCGUCUAAGGAGAUUUACACAGCCGAUGAUAUUAAACAUAUAACCGACUUUGCACGUAUUCGGGGCAUUCAAAUCAUACCGGAAAUUGAUGCGCCUGCACAUGUUGGAAAUGGUUGGGAUUGGGGACCAAAAUAUGGAAUGGGUGAGCUCGCCAUGUGUAUUAAUCAACAACCGUGGAGUUUCUAUUGCGGUGAACCACCAUGCGGACAACUCAACCCUAAAAACAAUCAUACGUACACGAUUCUUGAGAAAUUGUAUAAUGAAUUGAUUGAAUCGACUGGAUCAACUGAUGUCUUCCAUCUUGGAGGUGAUGAGGUCAAUUUGGAAUGCUGGAGCCAGUAUUUCAAUGACACCGAUUUGCGUUCGCUGUGGUGUGAUUUCAUGCUACAGGCAUAUCAAAAAUUGAAAAAAGCCAACAAAAAUACUGCGCCAAAGUUUGUUCUUGUAUGGUCGAGCGGUUUGACCAAUUCGCAAUGUUUAUCACGGCACAAUUUUGCAGUUCAAGUGUGGGGUGGUAGUACGUGGCAAGAGAAUUAUGACUUGAUUAUGAAUGGAUUCAAUGUGAUAAUAUCACACGUUGAUGCAUGGUAUUUAGACUGUGGAUUUGGUAGCUGGCGAUCGACUGGUGAAGGUGCAUGUUCACCAUACACAACAUGGCAACGCGUAUACAAGCAUCGUCCUUGGAACCGCAUGCACUUAGAUCCCAUCAAAAUGAAACAGGUGCUUGGGGGUGAAGCUUGCUUGUGGACUGAACAAGUGGACGAAAGCAAUGUAGAUGCUCGUAUUUGGCCAAGAACUGCAGCUCUCGCUGAAAGGUUAUGGUCGGAUCCAAGUGAUAGCACCGAUUUAGAUUUGGUUCCAAAAGAAACAUUUAGCCGCCUCUCAAUAUUUCGUUCUCGAUUGGUUGAGUACGGCUUAGAAGCAGAACCAUUGUUUCCGAAAUAUUGUGCCCAAAACCAAGAUGAAUGCUUGUGAUUUUAAUAGUUUUUCAUUUGUGCGUUGCGUUCAAAUCAUAAAUCCAUCAAUGUCCGUUAUUCAUUCAUAGCGACACAAACGUUCGAAGCUAGUUAUUUGUUUUUUGUUAUUAAAACUGAUUGGAGGCACUAGAUGCAAAGCGAUAUAUGCGAUAAAAUUAACUUAAGCGCCAUUAAAAAAUAUUUUGAAAGAAAAACACACACACACACAAAAUUACUGCAGCAUACUAUGCAGUUUGAUAAUGACUUGAUGAUUGGGUGAGAGCAGAGAAUGAGUAGAUGUGUAGCAAUACUCUUCACAAAGGAAAGUUAAUUCGCAUUGAUUUACUAUUGCGUUUAAUAACGCGCAAAUUGGCAGAGAAGCAUUAGCUGACGCCUGUGCGUACAUGAUUGAAUGCAAACCAUCCAUUCAUAGUGUAUUUAUGUGAACAUGCUCACAGACAGACAGACAAACAAACUUCAAAUCUUUAAAUAUGAAAUUUCAGUCAGCUAUGAUAAACCGUUUGGUCUUUGUAAGCAUGACCUAUGGCUACUACGAAGAAGUACGACAUUAUAUCUUACGCGAGGCGCCGCAAACAAAAUCACACUUCAGCUUACCGAAUAAUGGGAUUUCACGUGAUAUAUCGAGGGAACUGCAUAGACGAUGUUUCGGUAACUAACAAAUCGCUAAAUCAAGUGAAAUGCUCCAUGUACACAUGUGAAAAAGACUUAGGGCACCAGAUGUGUAACGAAAAUUGUAUUUUUUCAUGAAAUUUUAGUCUUUUUGAUUUUACACUAUGCACAGACCGAACAGCUUAUCAUAGCUGGUAGAAAUUGCAUUUUCAGAGAGAUUUGAAGAAAUGUAUUAGUAAUAUUCCACCCAAUUGUUACGUCAUUGUCGAACUACCUAGUAUUUCCCUCCAAAACUAUUAUUAUUUCUAUGUUCCAUCCGACAUGUAAAAUAGGAAAAAAGGUCAACCAAAUUUACUGUCAAUUUCGAAUCAUUCUUCUCUUAACUAAUAUUGUAUCAGUAUUUUUUUUUCGUUUGCAUAAUCGAAAGUCCCAUUUUCCGUUUCGGAAUUUACGUCCACAUACAUUACUAAGGUUUUUGUGACUUUGAUUUUCUCUUCGAAACAUAUUCCGUUACGUGCAAUCACUUAAUGGGUAUUUUAAAGGCAUUUUUUAAAGCCAAAAUGUUUAUUGCUAACUCAAAUCUAUUUAUUUCCUUUUUUGUUCUUCGUUUUGUUGAGAGAAAAAAAAAACAAUCAACUUUUAUCGUUUAUAUCUUUUUUGUGUAAAUGUUAAAAUGAAAUUCUGCCAAGAUUUUUCGCAAACAAGGUAACGAAUUACAAAUAAAUGUAAAACUAAUGAAACGUUUAGUGGAAAUUUGUUAAAGAAAAUUUGUUUACGAUACAAAUUAAGGAUUACCUUUUUCUCACUUAAAACAAUAACAAUAUAUCAUUAGUCUUAGUUUUAUGAUUCGUUAGAUGUAAUUGUAAAUUUUGUUAUCGGUUUAGAAUUUCAUACAAUUCUUUAUAGCACUGGUACGACAAAUCUCUGACGUUUUCCGCGAGAAAUUCCUUGAUGUAAUUUUUUGUAAAUUUUUGUUUUGAUGAAAACAAAAACAAAAACAAGGAAACAAAUACAAAAAAAAAAACAUUUUUUUCUUGCAUCGAAAUUUGCCAGUGUAAUAAAAAAAUGAUUGUUCGAAUUAUUAUUAAAUAAUACGGUUCAAAUGCUAUAUGCAGCCAAAUAAAUAGCAUUCUAACGGGUGCAGACAUUUUGUAUUCAAAUCAAAAUUAUUACCAAUCAACAAAAUGUUUCAUGUAGCAAAGAUUUUUUCGACAAAAAAACAAUCCAGUUGUGGGAAAUAUAAACAAAAACAACAUCAAAAACGCAAAAUAAACCAGACUUAAAUUCAAA